UUUUGAUUUCUUUAAUUUCCCAUUCGUGUAAUCAUGUUUCCCGAUUCUCAGUUACAUUUGCCAAAUAAGCCCUAAUUUUUCCCAAUUAAUUUCUCCCCUUUUCAGUCAAGGGAUUUUUCUUCUCCGAUCUUCUCUAGCUUGAUUUACUUGAUCUUCCUCAUAAAUCAUAAUCUCCCCCUCUUCUCUAACAUCGCAUACCAAAUUCCGUCUCUCUUCUCCGAUUGUCAGUUUUGCUAGGCAAUGGCUCCAAAAACCAAAGAGAAACCUAAGGCUUCUCCAAUACAGCCAAAUCUUUCCAUUGAGGACCUCUUUACAUCCCUUAAUAAGUUCAUCGAACGUUCCGAGUAUGAACAUGCAAUUAAGGUUGCAGAACAAGUGUUGUCAGCUGCUCCUGGAGAUGAGGAUGCUCUUCGUUGCAAGAUUGUAGCUCUAAUCAGGGCUGAUAAUAUUGAUGAAGCGCUUAACGUUAUUCAAUCUUCACAAAGGCUUCCAGUUGACCUUAGUUUCUUCAAGGCAUACUGUUUGUACAGGCUAAACAAACUUGAUGAAGCUUUGGAAUCCUUGAAAAGCCAGGAGAGGAACACUGCAACAAUGUUGCUAGAAUCCCAGAUAUUGUACCGAUUGGGAAGGAUGGAUGGCUGCCUUGAAAUUUACCGUAAACUUCAGAACUCAAAUGUUGACUCUUUUGAGAUCAACUUUGUUGCUGGUCUGGUGGGAGCGGGGCAAUCAUCUGAGGUGCAGAGAGUGUUGGAAGCUCUUAAAGUAAAACCAACUAGUAGCUUUGAGUUGGCAUAUAAUACUGCUUGCUCUUUGAUCGAGACUCAUAAAUAUGCAGAUGCUGAACAACUUUUGCUAUCAGCCAGAAGGGUCGGUCAAGAAUCAUUGAUGGAGGAUAACUGGGCAGAUGAUGAUAUAGAAAAUGAAUUGGCUCCUAUAGCUGUUCAACUGGCAUAUGUUCAACAGCUCCUUGGAAAUACUCAAGAAGCUGUGCAUGGAUAUUUAGACAUGAUAAAACGUAAUUUGGCUGAUGAAUCAUCCCUUGCUAUCGCAACCAACAACUUAAUUUCUCUCCGGGGUCCAAAAGAAGUUUCUGACAGCCUAAAAAAGCUUGAUCGACUUAUAGAAAAAGGUGAUAGAGGUCAGUUCUGGUUGGCUGGUGCACUGGAGUCAAAGCUUUCUCUCAAGCAAAAAGAAGCAGUUUAUGUCAAUCGAGCUCUUUUGCUUCUGCAUGCUAACAAGAUCGACCAGGCUCGGGAACUUGUUACUGCUUUAGCGGAAAUGUUUCCGCACAGUCACAGCCCCGUGCUACUUCAAGCUGCUGUACUUGUCAGGGAGAACAAAGCUAGCAGAGCAGAAGAAUUGCUUGGGCAGUUUGCUGGAACAUCUCCCGACAAGUCUAAGUUGUUUCUCCUUGCCAGAGCCCAAGUGGCUGCUGCUACCGGUCACUUUCAAGUGGCUGCGGAGUCCCUAUCGAAAAUACCCGAUAUCCAACACAUGCCUGCUACAGUAGCCACCAUUGUCGCCUUGAAAGAACGUGUAGGAGACAUUGAUGGUGCUGAACUUAUAUUCGACAACGCAGUCAAGUGGUGGUCUAACGCAAUGACAGAAGACAACAAACUUAUUGUUAUCAUGCAAGAAGCCGCUGCCUUCAAGCUCAAGUAUGGUAGACAAAAGGAGGCUUUGCAGUUGUUCGAGGAACUCGUUAAGAAAAACAACAAUAUUGAUGCGCUGGUGGGAUUAGUAACUACUGCUGCUCAUGUCAAUGUCGAAAAGGCUGAAGCUUACGAAAAGAAGCUUAAAUCACUUCCUGGUUUGAAGGGAAUCAACGUGGACGAUCUCGAGGCAACCUCUGGUGCAAAACCCGCUGAUGGGGGAUCUCGCAUAGUGAAUAUUGAAGGGCAUGACGAGAAUAAAAACAAGGAUAAAACUAAGAAGAAAAGAAAGAGAAAACCGAGAUAUCCUAAAGGGUUCGACCCAGCUAAUCCUGGCCCUCCACCGGACCCAGAACGUUGGUUGCCAAAAAGAGAAAGGUCUACCUACAGACCUCGGAGAAAGGAUAAGAGAGCUGCUAAUGUGAGAGGUUCUCAAGGUGCUGUCCUUCGAGAAAAACAGGAUGCUGGAAUCGAUAGUUCUCGAACUUCUGGGGCAGAUAAUGGUGGUGGUAAGGCCAACAAUUCAAAAUCGAGCCAAGCCAGCAGCUCGAAAGCAGCCUCAACAGGUGGAUCUAAAUCUUCGAAGAAGAAGUCUAGGAGAUAAUCAGUUGUCUAACUCACUUUUACCGAGUUUUAAUUUUUCGAUUUUGACUAUUUGAGACUUUCUUUUGUUAUCCGCUGAUGACUAUUUUCGACUUUUUAAUCAUCGAUGACUGAUGAGGCUGUAUUGAUGACUGCCAAAAUGAUAUGCCCUUGGUUUUCUGGCCAGUGGCCAGGACUAAAAUUAUUCUGCUAGCCUUUGCAAUCA